AUGGCGGGCGCGUCCGCAUCAUCCGACGAGCUCGCAUCGCGGCAGCUCUCGCUCCUCCUCGCGCCGCCGACGGACGACGACGUCGCCGCGUAUUACGCCUCCCUCCUCGCCCCGGGCCGGCCCGGCCACGGCGACGUCCUCGUGAAGCCCUCGUCAACGUACCGAGGGCGCGGGUUGUUCGCGGCGCGGGACUUUGCGCAGGGCGAGCGCGUCCUGUGCGAGCCCCCGCUGGUGGGCAUCCAGCAGGAGAGCAACCGCGAGGACGCCACGGUGUGCGCGCAGUGCUUCAGGUACGUCGGAUCGAUCGAGCGCCAGAUCGCGACCCGACUGCUUCGCGACUCGCACAGAGAGGCGUGCGAGGGCGUGGUGGAGCGCCGCGUGCUCGAGGAGCUGGCGCAGGGCACUAGGACCUUGCCCAACUCGUCGCACUUCCCUCUGCCCGAGUGCUUCGAGUGCCACGGGGGUUGCGACCGGAACUCGUACUGCUCCGACGCGUGCGCGUCGAACGCGUGGUCCAGACACGAGCGACACCUCUGCGUCGGGCCGUGCGGCGUGAGUGGGCGGGGUUUAGCCGCCACCGCCUUCGUCAACCACGCCAAGGAGACGAACGACAUCUUCCCGCUCGCCGCGAGGGUUCUCCUCGAGACGGCGUACGCCGCGGAGAACAAACGCAACAAUCGCAUCGAACCCGCGAUGAACCCGGACGACGCGCACGACGACGCGGACCAAUGCCUGGUCGACGCGUGGCGCCCGUACGCCGUGGCGCACAAGGGCGUGUGGUGGGAGACGGUGGCCAAACCGGCGGAUGUUCCGGAUGGCGCCGGCGAGGACGAGUUUCGAGCUUCGAUGCGCGACAUCGCCGCCGAGUCGCUCAACUUGUUGAGAGCCACGCUGGCGCUCUCCGACGCGAACGUGCUGGACCGGUACCCCGGCCUGUUCACGAUAGAGGUGUACGCCGUGGUCAUCGGCAUGUUCGAGCUCAACAACCUCGAGGUUGCCGUCGCGUCCCCCGUGGAGGAUUACUUUCUCGCGGCGGAUGAAACCUUUCCGGAAGAUUCGCCCGAACGUCUCGUCACCGACCCUCUCCUGGACGCGUUGGAUGUGCGAUACUGCGUCCCGUGCGAGGGCACCGGGUUCUUCGCGCUGCAGUCGCAACUCAACAGCGACUGCGACCCGAACGUGACGCCCCUGAAGGACGACGGCGAUGUGGACGGUUCGUGCGUGCUGGUAGCGAAGAGGGCUGUUAAGAAAGGCGAGGAGCUGACGAUGUGUUACGUGGACGAGGACGCGGACGUGAGGGAGAGACGCGCGGAGCUCGCGGAUUACGGGUUCGAGUGCGCGUGCGAGCGGUGCGAGCGCGAGUCGGCGGGCCUCGGCCAGGCGCGCAGGGGCGGCAAGACCAAGUGA